AGUACAAACUGAACAUCGCAUCUGUAUAUGAUUGGCCUGACACUGCUAACGUCCCUUCGCCUGUGAUUGAUUUUGACUUCUGCUCAUACUUAAUCACAAGGCUUGACAAAAGACAUAGAACGUUCGUCCCGUAACGCUGACCCUGAACAAUGUACACGUGUUUGUCUGCAACCCUCUGCGGUCUUCUUCUCUGGGACGCGACCUCGCUCUUGACUGUCGGCCCGGCUGCGGACGCGGCGGAUGUUGCGCAUGACCCCUCAACGACGGAUUACGGAAAUUCCGUUCAACAACUUGUCCUCAGGAACCUCCGCCGAAAAACGCAAAAUCGUCUGCUUGCCUAUCCUUCUCGACUAUCGGGAAGUAGUUCCUCAACGGAGGAAGCCGGUCUUGCUCCUCUACCGGGUUGGGCUCUUCCCGGCAUCGUCCUGGAUCUUCUCACGAGCUAUGGCAUAAAGAAGAAACAUGAAAUAUUUUUGCAAUUGCUGGGAGGAAUGAGUUCAGAGUUGGAUGCGUUUGAACGAGACUCGACAGCAGACGACGCCACCGAUUAUAUUCCAGCGUCACUUAAGAGGGCAACGCACUCUCUUCUUGUGUGCCAUAGACGUCGCCCACCGAUAACACAGAAGGACCUCGAUGACUCUUUCUACAUCGAAACAGUGUUGGAGGUUUUUGUGAACUAUUUGGACAACGUAUAUGCAGAUGAUAUUCGGGCGGCUGAGAAGCGGUCACCGGUUUCUUGGCGAAGGACUCAAUUUCUCGAGCAAAUAUGCCUACAAGAUUCGGGAAUAACGGGCGACAGCCCGAGCCGCGACUAUGGUGCACCAGACGUUCCUGAGUCUCUUCACUAUCUCAGAAACGCACUUAACAAGGGCCAAACUCUGGCACCCCGGGAAACUACAGAUACUUUUGUCAAAGGUGUCGUGCAUCAGGCACACCCUACCGCAGCCGAAAAGGAGCCUGUCGAUACCAGUGGGUCAACAGUGUUCUUAAGUGAACGAAACGUGAAUUAUGUUCUAAAUGAUCCACGCGCCUCCGAGUUAGCUUCGCCUCCAGCAAAAGAACUCUCUCGUGCACUACCUGACCACUCACCUACUGCACUUCACAACGCCUUUCCAUCCUCUUUGUCGACACUCCCUUUUCCGUCAACUCCCGGUGCCUCUUCCCCUUUUGGUCCUUUCCUUUCAAAGGAUAUGGGGGCUGACGCCCUAGUACCUCUGGCUCAUGCAAUUGUGCACAAAUCUCAGAUGUCGGCAGCCUCGUCGCUUCCUCAAGCUGCUGCAGUGGCUGUUGAGCUCCAAUCACCGGAACCGACGGGAAUUGCCAAUGACGGACCUGUGUUACAGGUGGGAGUACUCACACCACCAAACCAGUAUGAUAAGAAUACAUUUGAAGGCUCGGUAACCUCUGAUAACCUUAUCACAGAGUCGCGAGCCCACCGAGAGGAAGAGACUCCAGUGUUUUCACCUUAUGCAUCCGUGGCACCCAAUAAGGAGUCGUUUCCUGACGCCGUCUCCGAUGCUAUGAGGAGCUCGAUGCCGGAUGAUAAAACGUCACGGAUGACAGCAGGGGCUAUGGGGCUAUCAUCCACUGAAGCAGUGCAGCCGCGCCAAUCCACCAACCAGGAAAGACAACAAGGUCACCGAGCAGGAGACGCAGCUGAGAGGCCCGUGGUAAUGGACAGGAUAGCGCCAGACAUCGUGCCCACUGAGAAGGAAGUCUCUGACGCUUACGCCCCACCGUCUCUUCUGCUCUCUGAGAGCAAACGUUCAGACCACAGCAUGCUUGUGUCCGACCUCACUUCAUCCCCGCGGCUUUUUUCUCCAUUUGAUCCACAAGUAACAAAAAACAAUGAUUCGUCAGCUUCAAGUGUGGACUCAACUGGAUCUGGACCAUCCACCAGGAUUGCGUUUCAGUCUGUGUCGCCUCAGCUACCGGUGCCUACGGCUCCCAACGCACAGUCUAUAUCAACAUUAUCUUACAAUAUUCCAGCCCUUCGGGUGCUACAAACAGUUUGCAAGAACAAUAUCGUCAACUGCAAACGCGAUUUUGCUCAGGGGGUUUCAGAGCUGCUCGAGUAUGGGAGAAGACGCCCCCAAAAGCCAGACAUGAGUAACAAAGCAAACGAGGCUCAAGACGUGUCCACGGGGAUUCGACAGGCCCGAGGUGUGCCACGAGUUGCUGUUGUCUCCGCCGUACCAAACGGAAGGAACACUGAGAUAAGCUAUUCGAUCGAGCGCGACGGAAGCUUGGAAAGUGCUCGGCUCCUCCAAACAUUGUGGGAAGAAGUGAACGGAUGCGUCGAGAACCAAACUGAGCCAAUAUGCAACGAAACACAAGCUGGUAGAAUGACAGCUUCCCUUGGACUUCGGGUUAGUGUCUUGGGCAUCAAGACAGUGGAAUCAAACUAAAGCACCUUCCUGACCUUCGCAAAACUGGCAAAACCGUUUGCCAGAAUGAUUAGAAGUUUCAUUCGAUCGCGGUAAAUCCCUGCAUUUUUUUCUGUUUCUCGGCGGGGACGAGCUCUCGAAUUUCUUUUCCAUGUGAACGAAUUUAUACCCGAUGUGAAAUUGCCG